AUGGACUCUCUACAGGCCAAUAGAGAAGUCCACAAUCAGAACCUUCUGGUUGCGCCCUUCUCUCAUUGGUCCUUUUCGCAUACUUUCUCCGUGGCCAAACUUGUAUACAAUGUCUAUUUGCAUCCGCUUCGAUCUCAUCCCGGGCCAAUACUUGCUAGAGCAACAAGGCUCUACAUAGUGCUCCUCGAGCUCCAGGGAUGCCUCCAUCUUCGAAUCAAGGAAUGGCACGACCAGUACGGCGAGGUGGUCCGCAUCGCGCCCGACAGCUUGUCAUACAAUUCCAGUCAGGCCUGGAACGAGAUUUGCGGCCACCGAACUCGCGAUACCAAAGCUGUCUUUGAGAAAGAUCAAACCUUUUUUACCCGUCCACCAAACGGGCAGUGGAGUGUCGUAGCAGCCAACGGCGACUACCACCGACGUCUUCGACGUCUCCUAUCGCAUGCAUUUUCCGAGAAGGCUCUUCGCGCCCAAGAGCCAGCCCUUCAACACUAUGUCGACCUUCUCAUUCGCCAACUCCAUCACCGCGCUGAUCGAGCCGGAGGUGGUGUGGUGGACAUGGUCCAAUGGUUCAAUUUUACGACGUUCGACAUUAUCGGCGACCUAGCCUUCGGGGACACGUUUGGUCUACUGGAUAAGGGCGUUUGGUCUCGCUACCUCGCCGCCAUAACCGGACUGAUGGACGUACUGGUUUACUUCCGCGCCGCCAAGUAUCUGUUGCCGUCUCCGUGGAGCCUUUGGGCGGCUUCGCUCUGGGCACCGAGACACCUUCAGCAGGACCGUAUAUACAUACAUCAAUUGGCAAAGGGCAAGCUGUCCCGUCGAGUUGAGCACAACACGGAACGACAGGACUUUGUCCACUACAUGCUCAAAGGCUCUCGCUCGGCCAUAGGUCCCGAGGGCCUGAGCUUCGAAGAGAUGGUCACGCAAGGCCAGACUCUUAUCAUCGCGGGCAGCGAAACCACCGCCACCGUUCUCUCGGGCAUGAUGUAUUAUCUCCUCACCACCCCACGCGCAUUGUCGCGGGUGACACAGGAGAUUCGUGCGGCUUUUUCCAACGAGCGGGACAUCACCGUCCACCGCGCCGCCCAGCUCCCGUAUCUCCACGCUGUGCUCGAGGAAUCGCUUCGCAUGUAUCCUCCCGUGCCCGGCAUAUUGCCCCGGGUCACCCCGGCCCCGGGACAACUAAUCUGCGGUCGGUUUGUCCCCGCGGGAACGUCCGUUGGUCUCCACCACUGGGCGUGCUACCGAUCAACGCGUAACUUCAGCGACCCGGACACGUUCUGGCCGGAGCGAUGGAUGGCCGGCGAGGAUGAUGCGCGUUUUGCGAAAGAUGAUCGCGGGGCGUUUCAUCCAUUCUCUUACGGGCCCAGGAAUUGCCUGGGAAGGAAUCUUGCGUAUGCGGAGCUGCAGUUGAUCGUGAGCAAAUUGUUCUGGAACUUCGAUGCGGAGUUGAUGCCGGGAGGGGAAGGGUGGGCCAAUCAGCGGACUACAUCGCUUUGGAUGAAGAAGGCGUUGCCUGUGCGGUUAAUUCCGCGGCAAUACGAGGUCUGA